GCGUCCUCCCGUCCAUCGACUCGACUCGCCGACUGCUUCGCGAGCACGUACGCGCGAGAUCUGCCGGGGCAUCGAUCACCAGCCAUGGGGAAGAGGAGGUCGAGGAAGGCGUCCAAGGCGACGGCGCCGCCCAAGAAGUUGAAGCUGGACACGGCCUUCGACUGCCCCUUCUGCAACCACACCGGCAGCGUCGAGUGCAGCAUCGACCUCAAGCACAGGAUCGCCGUGGCGUCGUGCGGCGUCUGCAAUGAGAGGUACUGCACCGUCGCCAACGCGCUCACGGAACCCGUCGACGUCUACAGCGAGUGGAUCGACGCGUGCGAGCGCGCCAACGAAGGCGUCGUCGUCCGCCGGGGCUACGCCGACGAGACUGACGAUUUCUGAUCGUGAAUGCCACAGUUAGUUUCAGGCGGUUUGUGACAAAGAUCCAUUCGGCCCUCAAGCUUGUUGCCGAGUUGGAUACUUGGAUAUGAUUGCUUUGUUUUUGCUUCUCUGCAAAAAUUGUACAUCAAUGGAAUAAAGAUGAGAGAUGUAAUUGUCGAAGAUUUAUUUCUGACAAUAUGUCAGUAAUUGAACCA